AUGAAGAAAUAUAGCCUUAGGUUCUUUGAUGUUUAAUCUGAAUUAGGAUAUCAAUAAUAGAGAAAUUAACAAUUCAGAAUGCCUAUAUAUAAGUGUGGGCAUUAUGGAAUGCUAAUAAUAAGUUUGAUCAAACUUAUUCUUGAUUUUUAUUAUUAACUUUAUGGUGAUGUACCUGCAAUAAUUGCUACUUAAAUUUAUAUUAUAAUAUCACUUGUAUUAGUCAAACUGAAAAUAAAAUACAUUCAAAUUGCUUUACUUUUGUUCAAUUAUUCCUUAAUGACUUAUGAAUAGGUGUUAUUGCCAAAUAUUUCCCUUCAGGCUUUACCAUUAUUUGUAAAUAGUUUUACUAUAUGCAACAUACUAAUAAUUUUAGUUUUAGAUGUUUUUGAAUCAUACUUUUUAAUUAUUACAACAUUCUCUUAUAAACUUAUUAUAAUAAUAUUAGCAGAUACUUAACGUUCUUAUAACAUAUAUGCAGCCACAUGUACUUUGAUGGUCUUUUUGUGUUAUUGUUCAAGAAGAUUAAAUUAUUAAAGUAGAAACAAUUUUCUCCUGAGCCAAAAAGACAACUUAUGGGGUAUGAAUAUCUAAUUAAUUUUAUAGAAAAACUUUUCCCAAAAAUAGUGAACUAACCUUUUCUUUUAUUUUCUUUUGAUAAUGAAAAAAUUGAAUUUCAACAUAAGGUAUCAAAAUCUUUAAAUUUUCUAUGCAAUGACACAAAUGAUCUUAAAAAUUUUCUCAGAACUUUUAAUUAUAAAACAUAAAGUUUAGAAGAUUUCUUUUUUAAAGAGAAUCAGCGUGCAUAAUAUAAUGACUAAGUAUCAAAUACUAUCAUGAUCAGUAAUAAAAAGGUAAAGUAAGCUAUUACAUAUUCAAUAUUCUAUUAUUAGCAACCAUUUUUUUUAGUUUAAUUUACUGAAGAUAUUCUGGACAAAAAUUCUCCGAUCAUUUAAUCCAAAAAAGCAAAUUAGGAAUAGAUACAAUUUAAAUUCUAUAAUUUUUUUUUUAAAUAACUGCAAAAAGCUAUAUAUAGCAAUGACUUUUAAAUCUUAAUUUAUUUAAGAAACAUCUGUUAUAAGCAGAUUUUGAAUUAUAAAAUAAUUAGUAAUAGAAAAAUUACUAUUUCUGAAUAGAAAUUAGAAUGCAUGAUAUAACAUGUAUAAAAACUAUUUUUUUAUAAAAAAAUAACAAUCGUAUAGGAUUUUUAAUAAAUUUAAAAUAUAAAGACUCUAAAAUAUCAUUUUUAUAGAAUCUUAUUUGAAAUUUUUCAAGUAUGUGACAGAAAACAUUCAAUAUUAGUGAAAAACAAUGAUGGUUAAUUGUCAUUUUAAUAUUUUGGGAAGCAUUUGAAUUAAGAUAAAAAAGAUUCAUUAUAAUUAUCAAUAGAAUACUUGAUAAAUAAUUAAUUUAAGAAAGGUAGAGACGAAAUAUUAAUUUAAUUAUAUAAAGAGCCUUUAGUUCCAUUUAUAUGA